GCCCCCGCCGCCCGCACGGACUCGGUGCCGCGCGUUCUUCUCACCCCGGAGGCGGCGGCGUGCGAGCGGCUGCGAUGAACCCGGUGAAUGCCACUGCUCUCUACGUUUCCGCGAGCCGCCUGGUGCUCAACUACGACCCGGGGGAUCCGCAGUCCUUCACCGAGAUUAACAAGCUCCUGCCCUACUUCAGGCAGUCCCUCUCCUGCUGCGUGUGCGCAAUACUAAAUCUGAAGAGGGUAAUAACUGCCACAGAACACGCACAAGAAAAACGUUGACUGGAGAAUGAAUAUGAGAUAUGAGCUCAAGCUGAAAAUAUUCCCGUGGCUCAGGCAUUCCUAACGUCUCCCCCGUGAAAUUUGCUACAAGAUCCUAUUGCUCCUACAAACUCCACAUGUCAGCAUUAUGUCUGCAAAACGUGUAAAGGCAAGAAGAUGAUGAUGAAACCAUCAUGCAGCUGGUGCAAGGACUAUGAACAGUUUGAGGAGAAUAAGCAGCUAAGCAUUUUAGUGAAUUGCUAUAAGAAACUCUGCGAGUACAUAACACAAACUCCACUGGCACGAGAUAUUAUCCAAGCAGUUGACUGUUCUGCGGAUCUUUUGGCUUUGCUCAAAGAUGGAUCCCCACUCCACGAAGAGACGGAAAAAUCUUCCGACACAGCCUUGGCUUUGUGUUUGACACAUUCCCCAGUACCUUCAACCUCGGAACUCACAAGUGAUCCUCCAGCUACUUUGACGUCAAAACCCGAGAGCACGCAGAAUGUUGAUAUUAGAGGUUCUGUUAUCAAUGGGUUGCCCAAUUGUAAUGGGCUUUCAGUAGAUAAACUUGGAGUGAAUAUUCCUUCUCCUGAACAUGCAAACACGAUUGAUGUAUGUAGUACUGGAGAGUAUAUGAAAAAUGAAGAUAACUCUAGCAGCCUGCAGCCUGUGUGUGACCCAGUUUCUACCAGUGACUUGUGUACGACAGGCAUUGACAUCUGCAGUUUUAGUGAAGAUAUAAAACCAGGCGGAUCGCUUCUCCUUAGUGUUGAGGAAGUUCUCCGGAGCUUAGAAACCGUUUCAAAUACCGAAGUCUGUGGUUCUAAUUUGCAGCCCAGCUUGGAGGCAAAUGUGACUAAUGGCCCUUUCCUACAGCUUUCCCCCCCGCCUCUUAGCCAUAACAUUUUCGUGUCCACAGAUGCUUCUCCUCAUGGGAUCUCAUGUACAGCAGCAACACCCAAGGUAGUCAAGUUAAACAGAAAGCGAUCUCGAUCAGAAAGCGACAGUGAAAAGGUGCAACCUCUACCCAUCUCCAGCAUCAUCUGUGGCCCAACACUGGGAGCAUCAGCUCCUGUAACAGUGAAACAGGAAAAUAAAAUGUCUUUGCAGCCUGUUGCAACUGUACCUAAUGGAGGCACUACUCCCAAAAUAAGUAAAACUGUGCUCCUGUCUAACAAAAGUGUGAAAAAGAAUUUAGAACAUGCCCCUAAGAAAUCUCACCCAAAAGCCAAACCAGGAGUGCUGAAAACAAAAGACAAAGCAAAGGAGAAAGUCCCUAGCAGUAAUGUUAUGCCGGGAAGCCCAACAAAAACUGUAUAUAAAAAGCCACAAGAAAAGAAAGGGUGUAAAUGUGGUCGUGCCACCCAAAAUCCAAGUGUUCUUACAUGCCGUGGCCAACGCUGCCCUUGCUACUCUAACCGCAAAGCCUGCCUUGACUGCAUAUGCCGUGGCUGCCAAAACUCCUACAUGGCUAAUGGGGAGAAGAAGCUGGAGGCAUUUGCAGUGCCAGAAAAGGCCUUGGAGCAGACUAGGCUUACUUUGGGCAUUAAUGUGACAAGCAUUGCAGUGCGCAAUGCCAGCACAAGCACCAGUGUAAUCAAUGUGACAGGGUCACCAGUAACUACGUUUUUAGCUGCCAGUACACACGAUGACAAAAGUUUGGAUGAAGCUAUAGACGUGAGAUAUGACUGUUGAAUCUUUUUCUUUUCCCUGCCGUCAGUAGGGGAACUGCUACAGUUUAAAGGCAGCUAUGGUUCUGUUUAACUUGCUGGAGCUCCUGCGUUUAGAUCACUUGUAUCAAGUGUUUUUCAUUGCUAUGUUAUGUGUAUUAGUGUCUGGGAAAUAGUUGCAGAUAAUGGAGGAGUUACCCUAAAACUGUUUUUAGUUCUUACAGCACCUCAUAGUUUGAGAUGAAUUGCUGAUGUAAAUGAUUUUAUCACAAGAUCUUUGGCAAGAAGUAUAUUAACCUCAUUGUACUUGCUCAUGCUUUGUGCUCAGUCAAAGCUUCUGCUUAAAUGUAGAGAAGUGGUAUCUAGUUAGCCCGUGUAAGCUGUGCUAGAUUAUGGUGCAGAAAAGUAAUUACCAAUUGGUUACAAUCACUAUUGCCAGAAAAUCACCUAGUAUUUCUGGAGGAAGCGCAGCGUUAAGCUGAGGAAUACGGUCUGAGAAGGAUAGGUAAUUUUUGAUUGUUAGAAUUGAUUAUGGAGCAGUUACAAAUUAAGAUCAGUAAUAUACUGAGAAAGCUAACAGCCCACAAAGCAGUUCAGUCUCCCAACGAGGGUCAGGGAGAUCAUUUACUUAGACAUGAAUGUUAAAUCGCUGACUGCAAUAUGCUAUCCCUGGUAAUACCAUCAUUUAAUUUUCUUUUCCUGCCAGUUCCACUGGUCACGCUCCUCAUCUGUUAACGCUCUCCAUGCCAGCUCCAUUUGUUUGACAUGUGUCUAUUUUGAUUGAAGUGGAAAAAUUGCAUGUACACAAAGAAGGUUCGAGUAGCGCUACUUCCUUAGUAGCCCUCUCCUUUUUUCUUUCAUUGCCAGUUCCUGAUGGUUUUGAUUUUAGCACUACUGCUACUAGAACAGAGCUGCUUUUAUUUUUUUUAGUGAGCUUCCGAGGAGGGGCUCUGUUUUCUCUGCCCCCCGUUGUGCUGCCAGUCAGUGGGUGCAGUACACAAAUCCCUCCAGCAGUUUCCAUCGCUGGGUAUUUUUGUUUGUUUGAAGCCAAAGUGCAACACACCUGGGAGGAGCCCGUUUGAGGGCAGUUCUUUGCUGACAGGAUCUCUUGGCUGGGGCAGAAAAUGGAUUUCUAUCAAAGGUCAAAUAUUUUGGAUGUUUGUUAGACACAAAAAGCUGUAUAAUUUACCCAGAAUCCGUCACAUUUUUCCGUGAUAUAUUGGAAGUUGCUUUCAAAGAUCAAUGUUUUUGUGACUUGGGCUGAAAAGAUCCCAAGUGGAAAAAUAACAAAAAUUUGUAAGAGAGCUCAUUUCAAAAAGUGUUAAAAAUGAAAACACCUUUGUAGGAAUUCAGCUUUAUUAUUAUUAAAAAAAUAUAUAAGUUUAUGUAAUCGUAAUCCCUUAAUAAAAGUACAGUCAGAAGCGUUUAGUCUUGUAGUUAAGAUUCCAUUGGCAACCUUAAAAAUGCAGUUGCUUUGUGAAAGCAGAAAUUUCUCCUCUUGGAAUGAUAGAGCACAGAUUAAGCACAGGCUGACUAGAACACACAACAUUACCUUCUAAUUUAAAAGGCAAUUCCUGUUUCAACAGCAUGUUAAAUAGUAUGUGAAUUUUUCAAGUUAACUGCUUCCAUCUUUCUUUAAUUCAUCUAAUGGAGUCUGCAGUGCUUGCUGACCUAACACUAGGUAUAUUUUGAUUUGGCACAAAGCAUGUACAAUGAUGGUUACUCACCUAAGAAAUAAGCAAAAACCUUUGGACACGAAUGGCACCUCCUUUCUUUUUGUAGUGUACCAUGGUGUCAUUUUCUGUGGACGUGGUCAGAUCUUUUUGUUGGUUUUGGUUUGUUUCUCCCCCCGUCUUUUUUGUGGGGUGGGUAGGGUGGGGGGUUAAAGCCAUAGGAAGAAAAAUGUGAUGUAUGUGUCCAGUCUGUACUUUUUUGUUUUUGUUUUGCAAGAAGAGUUGAAAAAUAUUUUUGAUAAUGAGUAAAUGGUGGAAAAUGCUUCUUAGUAUUCUUGUCUUUAUUUGCCAACCCAGGUACCUAAGGUCUGUGUUUUCUAGCCCUCAUGAGAUUUAAUGAUGUCCUAUUAAAAUGUAUUUAGUUAAACUUGUAUGUGAUUUUUGUGUUGACCCAAGAGGAUCCUACAGUUUCCUGAUUUGGUGGUUUGAUCGUGACCUACUGAUGUAAAUCUGUUUCCCAGUCCACUACGUGUAAGAAACGUUGCCAGACCAGAGUCUGAUUUAAGAGGAGUAAAAUGCACAGCAUGGGUUGUUUCUAAAUGGUUUUGCAGAGCUGUUAAGUUUUGCUGGGAUUGUUGGUGGUACAUUUAUUAGGACUUCUAUUAAAUUACAUGCGUAGUACUUUUGCUCCACAAAUGCAGGAGUACUUGGAGUCUUUCGUAUCUCACUGCUGCAUUAAUUAUGGUACCAAAAUUUGGUGGUUUAGGUCAAGUGUGUUUUGGAACUGUUGACAGGAGAGCGCUGAUCGUUAAUGUAACAGUGCAAAUGGUAGAUUCAGGUUGUUUCUAAAAACGUUUCUUUUUAUGCUGCCACGUUUUUGAAAUGUGUAUUAAAAUUCAAAUUGAUUUAAUAAAUGUUAGUUUUCUAAUUCUA